AAGUCAAAAGCUUAAAAAGCAAAAGGGAAAGGAAUCUGUUUCGCUUGUUAUCGUCUUUGAGAGGAAGGAAUCAGAGGGAAAGCAAUGGCGGAAGAGGGACAAGUAAUCAGCUGUCACACUGUUGCUUCGUGGAACGAGCAGCUCCAGACAGCAAACGCCUCCAAGAAACUGGUGGUGGUGGAUUUCACAGCUUCAUGGUGCGGGCCAUGCCGUAUUAUUACACCAGUCCUGGUAGAGCUUGCUAAGAAGCUGCCCAAUGUUAUAUUCUUGAAGGUUGAUGUGGAUGAAUUGAACACAGUGGCUCAGGAAUUUGGUGUACAGGCAAUGCCAACUUUUAUCUUUAUGAAAGAGGGCAAUAUAGUUGACAAGGUUGUGGGUGCAAGGAAAGACGAUUUGCAGCAGAAAAUAGCAUUUCAUUCUUCCAACUUGGUGCAGAAAGCCUGAAUCAACGUUCAAUUGUACUCUUUUGAAGUCUGAAGUUGUUUCUGAAACUAGAAUUUUACUUAUGAAUCUUAUAAAUAUCUGUCUCUUGGA